GCAGCUGGUAGAGUUCUCACAGCGAGUGUUUCCGCACACCUAGAAUAAAGAGCUGGCGAGCCGAGGACGAGGGACAACACGGCCGCGCUGACGGAAGUAGACGACGAAAACAUUAGAUUUUUGUAUUUUCCUGACACAUUCUGGUUCGGGUGUAGCUGUUUUAACGACCGUUAAUGCCUCGAAUGUGAAGCAGUGAGAGGAGGGCUCGCCGCUGGUAACCUUUACGUUGGUUAAGCCGUAGAGGACUCGCCGGGGGAAAAGAUGUGCGAUGGAAUGGUAGCGUUUCAGACGAGAGCCCUGUCCUCCUCUUCCUUCGCCUCCUCCUCCUCUCUAGCCCACAGGCUGGCUGCCUCCGCGCUUCUCCUCCUCUUCACCCUGCUCCCUCAUGGUCACGCAUCAGGUUGUGCGCGGCCACCCGGCGUGCAGCACGGAGACCUGCUGAACCAGACCGAAGCUAACCGGGGCUCUUUCCCUCCGGGCACCCUGCUGACUUAUGGCUGUGAGCCUGGCUACACUGCAGAUGGACCCACCAGCAUCAUUUGUACCAGUUCUGGAGCCUGGUCCCAUCAACCGCCACGCUGCAUCAGAAGCAACGUGUGCUCGCCGCCCACUGAGCCAGAGAACGGGGGCUACCGCUGCCACCCAUCUCCCUGCCACCGCCUCACCCAGAAAACCGUCAUCGAGUAUUUCUGCGACGAGGGCUACGCUCUGAAGGGCGACUACAAAUUCCUCACCUGCCAGAACGGCGAGUGGGACGGUCCCAUGCAGAUCAGCUGCCGUCUCACACAAGACAAAGAGCCAAAUUCUCCUCUGGGUAUUCCAGCUCUGUCUAUUGUGGCGUCCACGGCUAGUUCUGUGGCACUCAUCCUGCUUUUAGUGGUGCUGUUUGUUCUUGUACAGCCCAAACUCAAGUCCUUCCAUCACAGCAGGAGGGAGCAGGGAGUCUCAGGCCAGCCCAGCUCCAUCAUGGUGGAGGGCGUCCAGGUGACGCUGCCCUCUUACGAAGAGGCUGUAUAUGGAAGCAGUGGACCUUGCGGCGCUUCCGGUCCUCCUCCUUCUCCGCCACCUCCUCCGGCUCCUCCAGAGUCUCGAGUCCCGAUCGUGCUCUCUGAGGGUCUUCCUCAGGGAGCCACGGGAGGCCAAGGCCCCGGCAGAACCCGCCACCACAGAGACUUAGACUUCUGUCUCCCAUCCACAUCCUCCUCAUCAUCCUUCUCCUCCCGCCGUCAUGCAGAGACAGUGCUGGUUCAUCAGGCCCCCUCUACCUCCUCCUCCUCCUCCUCCUCUUCUUCUUCAUCAUGGGCUAGAGAGCACCCUGGGGGUGCAUGCGCAGGCCCCCUACCGCUCCGUAGAGACUCUGAGAGUAGCGACCAGCACAGUCUGCUUUCUGUCACCUCUACAGAUGAGUUUUCUGACGAUAUUCCCCUGUUGAAGGAAGCAUGAAGCCUGCCAGCCCGUUAUCAGCAUCAGCAGCAGAGCCCCUAUUUCCCUAUCUCUCACUGCUGACCAGGACUGACUGUGGCUGUCAACCUACUUCACCCGACUCCCCUCAGCAGCCAGCAGAGAAAAGACUAGAACUACGCCCAUUCCCCACGCAACCUCUUCUGCCAUUGCUACCCAUGCAGAGCAAAGCCAACAACCAAUACUCACUGCAUCAUAAGCAAUUAUGGAGCACCACUGGACCCAGCUACUGGAUCAAAUUAAAGACAAGCCGGACAAACAGAGUGGUGCCAGCUCAACAUAAAUCCUGUAGAUCCAAUGUAUAUGAGUAAAACAUGCGUACUGAGUCAAGGUUGUGUACUAUAGGCUAUGUAUUACUCUACACUUGCCUCCUCCCAGGUGUAGUUCUCUAUAUUAUCAUGGCUCACAGAGGCUUCGUCGGAGAAGGCUAUAGCAAUCGAGACACGUCGACUCUGUCUGGGAUUACUUCAGAUAAAAAAAAAAAGUACAAAAAAAAAAACUUGUGAUGUUUGCUCCUGACGCUGUGGCGCUCAGAAUCAGAAUCGUCUUCCCGCUGUACUUGAAAAGUUGUGAGUGGCGGCUGGGUUUUCGCAGCCCGCUUUGUGAAUGUCGCAUGUUGUUUUUAGUUAUUGCUGUCACAGCACGGUGGCCCACUCUGAAUGAAGCAUGAAGCCUCUUCUGUCUCCCAUCCCCCCCCCUCUCUCUCUCUCUCUCUCUCUGUCUCUCUCUCUCUAGCUGUCUGUGUUUCCGGGUGGCGUCUAGCAUGUGGAUUAGUGGGAUUGAGAACCACUUCACAAGAGCUAAAAGCAGGGUGCAGCGUUUUACGAAGCACCGUAUCACAACUAUAAAAAGACCUAUCUUGCUCCUUUCUUUUCUGUUGCCAGCUGCACCCGGUAUCUGGAAGGUGCUUCUUCUGGCGCAUGAGUGGGCUUGAUUGGUGUUUUGGUUCCAGGACUGUUCUGUGUGUCUUACCUGUAUGAGGAGAGGGAGACAUAAUGUCACAUUUUGUCUGAAAGCUGAGGAGAGGGUUGUCUUUCAACACGGCGAUUGGGCGCAUGACUGAACUUUAAGGUUGUUUAAUUUCCUUCUUACUGUAUUUAUUGUUUGGUUUGUGGCUCGGGUUGCUUUGAGUUGCUGAAUCUGAGUGCAUGUGUGUGUGUGUGCGCGUGCGUUUGUGUGUGUGUGUGCAUGUUUGUGUGUCAGCUAGGCAGGAGAUGACAUGUCCUCAUAUGGUAGGCCUCGACACAGCCAUUGCCUGAUUUGCGUCUCUUCAGAUCAGAGACUGGCUGCACAAUGUCCCCAUCUUUCACCAUAGGAAAAUACCCCCCCAGCACUGAACAAGUCACAUGAACAAAGCGGCGUCACUUCAGGCAACGAGUGCACCACACAAUGUGUGUAUUAUCCAUCUACUCUCAAGCUAGAAUAUUUAUCAUUUUCUGCUGAAUGGCUGGAAAACACAAGUCUCCUUAGAGGAACCGGCUCCCGCCCACCUUCACACUGUACCGAAGUCUCUCCACUUUUGUGCAUUAUUGACACAACUGCAACGGGUUGCAGUGAAACGGUGAAGUUCUGUUAUACAGCACCCCACCCCCACCACACACACUCACGCUCCCUCCUGAUGCCAAGUGCAGAUUUAAGAGAGAAUCGUGUUAUUCUGUUAGAAAUCAUCCUCUGUUUUCAUUGCCACUUGAAAAGCUUUGGUGGUUGAGCUGGUCACCGUGGAAACAGCAUGACUCUGAAGGAUCCUGAGAACUACUUUUCAAGCUUAACUGCUCAGAAAAAAACCCCCAGAGCAACCCGUCUGGAUUCCUGUUCUCAGUUUUAUUUGGCAUUUGUGGCUGUGUGUCAGUGUCAACGGCUACAUUAUUAAUGCAAACAGGAUGUUGCCUUAGACUUGUAUAUUUUCUUUCUUUUUUUUUUUUUGGAUGUGUAAUCUUAAGCUCCGCGUUGGUUGCUUUACAGUAUUGCAACGUGUUCUGUUUUCCCAAUGGCCUUACUCUGUUCUUUUCUAUUCUAUGCAUAAAACUGUCUUUGUGUAUUUAUCAACGAGUUUACUUUUGUUGUGGACACGACUAAACGAAUGUCCAUCCUUCUUUGUCCUCCCCUAGCUUUUCCAGCUACUGUGAUGAUGAUGAUGAUGAACCUAUAAGCACCUAUAUUUCACUAUUCCUUUGCUUCUCUUUUGCUACAAGGCAUUAAAAUAUUAUGGGAUUGAAAAGAAAAAAGUGAAAUUAACUUUGCGUUCAGAAGCACUGUUGUACGGUGUUGCUUCCCUGAAAAUAACUGGUUAAAAAAAGUACACAUCUUGAUUCUUUGUUUCGAUGCUUUCAGCUUUGGUUUUUCCUCUGUACAUGGCAGUGGGUGUGAAGAUAGUAAUUUAAUAUUUGUAUAAAGUUUAAUUUAAUUUUACAGUGUGUAUAUAACUUUCUAAUUAAAGCUUUCUUUUGAAUGUG